GGUACAGCUGGUACAGCCGCCGGCGCUGUCGCGCUUCGUUUGCCAACUUGUCGGUGUUGUUUUUAAAACAUCAGCAUGUUCACAGGUAGUUUCUUUGGCAAUGUCGACGAUGUGUGCUACUUCGGAGUACUACUCUCACUCCUCCUUCGAUGCAGCACGUCUCUGUGGCCGUACUCGGGGGCUGGAAAACCACCUAUGUACGGGGACUACGAAGCUCAAAGGCAUUGGAUGGAGGUGACAACCAAUCUUCCAGUCAGAGAAUGGUAUCAGAAUUCAACGCAAAAUGACCUGCUCUACUGGGGUCUCGACUACCCACCACUGACGGCAUACCAUAGCUGGGCAUGCGGGAAAAUCGCAAGUUACAUCAACGGCGACUGGGUGUCUCUUAAUCAAUCCCGAGGCUUGGAGAGCUACGAGCACAAACUGUUCAUGCGUUACACAGUGCUUGCCGCGGACCUGCUCGUGUUUUUCCCCGCUGUGCUCUACUUCUGGAGUUCAGUCUCGUCUUCGUUCCGGAUAAAGCCAAGAGACCUUGCUAUUGUCAGUACACUGACCCUUCUAUCGCCGGGACUCAUCCUCAUUGAUCAUGGCCACUUCCAAUACAAUUGUGUGAGCCUCGGACUUGCCCUGCUUGCGAUUGGGUUGGUCGAGAAGGAGCGACUGCUUUGGGCUGCUGUCGUUUUUUCGCUGUCGCUCAACUACAAGCAGAUGUCCCUGUACUAUGCCAUCCCCUUCUUUUGCUUCCUCUUCGGGACUUGCUUGAAACGGCCGAGCUGGGCUUCAAAGCUGAAGCUCUUCCUGGGCCUGACUGGUGUCGUCUGCACCACAUUUGCCGUCUGCUGGGCACCUUACCUCCACAGUCCUGGGCUCUGGCUCCAGGUUCUGAGGCGACUCUUCCCGCUGGAUAGAGGUCUCUUCGAGGACAAGGUUGCAAACCUGUGGUGCACUCUUUCCCUUGUGGUAAAGUUGAAGUCUCUCUACUCUGCUGCCACACUUGCGGCUGUAAGUGGACUUGUGACGCUGUUGUCUGCUAGCAUCUCUGCAGUGGAUCUGUUGUUGCGGCCAACACCCGAGCGGUUUCAUCACUGUCUUAUAAACUGCUCCUUAGUUUUCUUCCUGUGCUCGUACCAAGUUCACGAAAAGACCAUCCUCUUGCCAAUGCUGGCUUUCUAUCUCGUUCUCCAUAAACAUCCGGGCCUAGUACUCUGGUUUUCGACCAUCGCAACGUUCAGCAUGUUCCCACUCUUAUGCAAGGAUGGCCUGGUGACGCCUUAUGUGGCUCUGGUGGUUCUCAACAUUGUGUUUGUCUUCAAGGCCUACCUGGAAACAAGUCAGCCGAGCAGACUCGUCACAGUUCUUUUUGCACUCUCAAUGGGAGGGUGCACCUUCUUGAAUGCUGCGCACCUGCUGCUGCCUCCUCCCAGGCGCUACCCUGAUGUGCACUCCCUGCUCAAUGCGGUGUACAGCUGCGGGCACUUUGUAGUCUUUGUCUCGUACACGCACUACCUCCAGUACCAGCUACCCACCACAAAAUACACCAAGAUCAAGAAGAAGUGAGAGCAGUACGUCGUGCUGCUGCGUUCGGAAACUUCUACCAACCGGUGCCUUGGUUUCGGGACAAUGGGUUGUACACUGAAUGACAGUGUUAAAGUAAAUGCUCAACUGUUUUGUUUUUUUUU